AUGAGCUUCGUGGGCAGCAGUCUGGCGCGGUUCUUUGUGUUUGAUCCGAGGCUGGGGCCGACGGAAGAGACAGAACACGAAAAGAUUCUUUACUACUGGCCCCCCUCAACCCCGCUCAAUCGCCAACAAUCCGACAUUGGCCUGAGCGAGGCCCUCAUUAACUUCACAAGGACCUUUUCAAAGGAUCGACCAUGUGAAGCCGUGCACUUGGAGAAGACCAGACAGGCCUUCUAUGAGUGCGAGCCCGACAUUUGGAUGGUCCUGGUAUGCGUGCACAUCUCCUUCAGGGCGGCCAACAAUCCGGCCACGGCGCGCGUGAAGGACAGCGUGACAACAAACGAAUACGAAAGUGAAGAACUGUCCGAUGCCACACUCCAGAGGGUGGUCGAGCAGGCCUACAAGACCUUCCGCCUCUUCAAUGGGAGCAUGGCUCAGAUCGUCCGAGAGAGCAAGGAGGACGGGCUUCGCGAGAAGCUCUCCGACUUCUUCGGUCACUACGCGCCCACCAUCAACUUUAAAACGGUCGACCUCUUCUCCGCUCUCGACGGCGUUCACUUCCUCCCGGUCGACAAGAACGUGUACCUGCGGAUCCAGUCGUUCGUCAAUUGGACGGAGAACAACUUCCCCAGCAUCGAGUACUCGUGCUUCCUCUAUCGAGAUCACUUGGUUUGGAGUGGGUUGGAGCAGGAGGACAUGCGCAUCAUGUAUCACUACUUGGUGAACCACCUGCUGCCGCCCUUCAAGAAGUGGAAGGACCCCAAGCAGCAAGUCUGGCCGGCAGGCAUCGCGCACGUGCUAAACACUAAAAUUACCUUCUUCACGUGUUUGUUUGACGGCAAGUGGGACGGCUACAUGCAAGCGCCGCAGGGCGUACAGCCUACGGUCGCAAGUCUGCCCAUGCAUUGCCCCCGCAUUCAGCUGUCACGCCCGCACCAAUAUCACACGGCGAGCAACGGCCAGCAGCAGGCGCAGACUGCUCCCGAUGGCGAUUUCUACAACCUCAUCAUCUUCCAGAUGUUGGACACGACGUGCCUGUUCCUGGUCAGGGAUGCGACCAAGUUGGAUGCGCGCUUCUUCACCGAGCUCCGGACGUUCGUCACCCCACAGCUGGAAUUCCUCACGCCCAUCCUCACCGACCACUGGACCAAGAAGCAAGGUUACGCUGAUGAUUAUCGCUACAUCUACUUCAACCACAUGAACCUGGCCCUCAAGACAUCGAUCAAGAAGAAGGGUCUCUCCAUCACACGAGAGCACAUGAAGAUUCUCACCGAUAUGCAUGCGGACUUCGAAAAAGCGACUGAGUGUGUGACGGAGCUGAUGGUGCGCACGCAGAAUGAUGGCUGGGUGGUCGGCCGCAAGUCCGAUCAGAGGGAAUUCUAUGUCAUCUUCGACCAAAAGAACGCCAACCUCCUCGAGAUCAACGACGAGGUGCGGAAACUGUGCUCUACCUACUUCAACAACAUCUUCAUCGACUAG